AAAAAACAUGAAAAUUUGUAAUACGGUUUAUUUACAGUGUUGUUAUUCACUCUAGUCUUGCUUGGCCUCCCCUGCAAGCAGAGAGGCGCAGAGACUAGGAUCAGGACCAGCUGUGCCCCCAGAAGACCUGGCCAACCCUCCAGAUUGGACCUGCCCCACAACCCUGCCCAGAAUGACCCUCCGGGACUAGACCAGACCCACAUCCCUCUCCAGACCGAACUGGACCAGAAACACAUCCCUCCCCAGAACAAAACCCCCAAACUGGACCAGGUCCCAUUCCAGCCCGAACUGGAUCAGACCCUUCUAUGAACCGACCCCUCUCGACCCGAACCUCCCCACUGCCCACCAGAACAGGGCUCUUCCCAAAUCUCUAUUCCCAAACUGGACCCUCUGAAUCCGGCCGGACCACUCCCUGCUAUCGAUCAGCCCCUGUUCUCCAAAGCAAACCAGGCCGGGCCUCACCUGGCUGCAGCUGGGACCAAGGCUACAUUCGCUCAUCCCCAGCAUCCAGGGGGCUGUGACUCCACUGGCCCGAGGCCUGGCUGCUCCCCCUUUGCCCCCAGCCUGUUGGGCACUGGCAGGGGCAUUGCAGUGGGGAGGGUCGGGGCGAGUGUCUGGGCUUAGCGCUGACCCCAGCAGUGGGGCUCCCUGGCCUCAGGGGGUGCCUGAGCUGGGUCCACCCCACCCCCCACGGACCAAUCUGGGGAAGGGACUGCAGCCCCCACCAGGGGCAGAGGGGACCUAGGAUGGCAGAGGUCAGGGUCAUUAUCCCCAUUGUACGGUUGGGGGAACUGAAGCAGGGACCUGCAGCAGAGCCCAGGUCUUGUGCCCUCCCUUGUCAUUAGGCCACCCCACAUCCCUGCAGUCUGCUCUAGAUUGACUCCGGGGGCGCAGAUAUCAGGCUCUGGCCCUGUCCUCACUGCCAGUCGCAUCCGAACCCCCUGCCUGCACCUUGCAAAGUACUCCACUUAGGAAGGAACAAUCAGCUGCACAUGUAGAAAAUGGAAAUGACUGCCUAGGAAGGAGUACUGCGGAAAAGGAUCUGAGGGUCAUAGUGGUUCCACAGGGCGAGGCCUGUGGCCUACAUGAUGCCAAGCCUUGGCCGUCAGCCCCAGCGUCCUGUCUCUCCCCAGGGCCUCCUGUGGCGCGGCCAGGCCAGCUCGGGAACCGGGUCCGUGUUCAGGGCAGGAGCCGAGUUCUGCAGCAAAGCACGGACACCCUGGCCCUGGAGCGCCCCCAUCUGGCCCAGCCCAGCAGCUGCUGUUGGCACAGCUGGGAAUUGCAGGCUGCCUCACCCAGCCCCCAUCCUGCUCCGCCCCCCGCCCCACAGGGUCAGUGGGGCAGAGGAGGGGCCUGGCGAACGGUAUAAAGAGGAGCUGGGAGGGACUCAGCUGAAAGCCCAUCACUGGGCAUCUGGUGUGAGCAUCUAUCAGUGAGUGACUGCACCUCCUGCUCCUGCCCCAUGGAAACCAUGGUGCCGGGACGGAUGCCCAGGGCUGGACUCCUGCUGCUGCCCCUUCUCCUCUGCUUCGGGCCAGAGACCGCCAGGAGCAUCAACCCAGAUGCGCUCAGAGACAUCGUGGAUCAUGUUGAUAAGUUUCGCCCUGACAAGGACGGCCAAUACGCAGCUGCGGUGAGCCUGCCCCUGGAAGCAUGUAAUAGCCUCAACAAGGAGCAACUGAAGGAGUACCUGAAUGAGACGGAGCUGAAGAAGAUGAAGGAUAAACUCAACAGCAAGGAGCUGUUCGAGGGCCAGAACGUCACAGCCGCCCGGCCCAAGUUCCAGAAGAAGAACUCCACCCUGCACUCUGAGUUCCUGCUCCUCAGCCCGGACCAGAACGGCGUCAGCCCCGUCUCCCGCCUCCUGGACAAGACCCGGGGCCAGAAGACCUGCCCAGAAUCCCACGUCCCAGGCAAGGAAUGUGGAAACAACUGCUACAAGAAGUGGUCCCCAGGCCAACCCUGUGGUUGGAACCGCUGCCUCAUCUUCUUCACCAAGAACUCGCCGUGCCUGGGCACCUGCCUUAACGACUCAAGCCGCUUCUACAUCCGGAACCUCAUGGACGGGGUCUUCGGCGCCAUCAACAACAACUUCCGGGCAUUGGCCUUCCGGCAGGUCUACCCACCAGACAAGGCCCAGAAGCGGAAAGCAUUGUGGGAAGCCUGGCAAACCAUCCAAAACGCCCCAAUGUACAAGUGUGAUAACAACCGCUGCGCCAGCUGUGAGGAGAAGAGCCUCAGCCAAAACCCCUGCCUCGAGGGGGUGCCGGAGAUGGGGGAGGUGCCACAGAGAGCCCACGGGUGACGGGAUCCCAGUGGGGAUGAGUUGGCUGGCUGGGAUACAACAAGUCAACCCACUAGUCAAUCCGUAUCCCUAACACGCCCCUCUGUCUCUCUGGCUAACACACCCGCCUCUCUGUCACGCCCCCUAUCUAGCCAUCGCCAUAGAUACCAAGGGGGGCUGCAAUCCCUCCCCCUUGCUCUCAUUUCUAGGGUGCCCACAACUCUACUACGGCAGUCCUGGAUUUGCCCGGCAAUCUCUCUUGCUCUGUGUGGUGCUGCAGCUCUAUCUGUGUCAUGUGUGUGCAAUUCCAGCGUGGAGCUCUGAGUCCAAACAAGGGGGCCACAGAUGGGACGUGUCAGUGG